AUGCAAUCUGAUUUAAAAUCAAUUGUACUUGUCGCAGUAGUGCUUGUAGCUUUUGCUGUCUCCUUGAUUCAUGCUCAAGUGGCCAACGCUUAUAACGGAGCUUAUGGCUAUCAGGGAGGGGUUAGUUCCAAUUAUGGUGUUGCUGGUGGUAACUACAACUCGUACGCUCAAAACACUCAAGCAUACUCCAAUCAAGUGAGUGCUGUGAAUUAUCAACCUUACAUGGCUUAUGGAAAUGCUUAUCAAGGACCUUAUUAUUAUGGAAAUAACUUGUAUUCCAAUUAUUACAUGCCCUUCUAUGGCUAUCCUUCUCCAUUCAAUGGUUAUGGAUGGUGGUAA